AUGAGUCUGGCCAGCGUUUUCCAAAGCUACACCCAAGGAAAGGGUGAUAUGGAUAGCCGUACCCUUGUCAAAUUGUGCAAGGAAACCGGCAUGAUCGACAAGCAAACAACAGCAACUGACAUUGAUCUGAUUUUCACCAAAUGCAAGGCAAGGGGCGCAAAGCGCCUGACGGCCGACGACUUCGAGAAGGUCGUGGAAGAGAUCGCGGCACGCAAGAAGAAACCCGUGGACGAGAUUAUUCAGCAGCUGUGUUCUUCAGCGGGGCCAUCAUUCUCGGGUACUAAAACAGAUGCCGUCCGUUUCUAUGACGACAAAACGACCUUCACGGGCGUUCACGCGCAUGGCGGGCCAUCGACUGUAGACACGCCCUCGACCAAGUUCAAUAGCGGUUUUGGAGAGGCUGGAAGUUUAGGUGCAUCUGGAGCUACUGCGCAAAUAACGCUCGCCGAUAUCUGCGACCGUUCGACUCCAGAUAUCCGUGGCGUGAACAAAAACUUUCAGAAGUCAUGA